AUGCUCAGCGGCAGCUGCAGCUCUCACACUUUAGACGUUCGAAACAUCACUUUCAGUUGUAAUGUAGACAGGGAGUCGACGUUCGGUGGAUUGCUUUCGCCACCGGAUGUGAUACGGGUUCUUCACGAUAUCUCGUUCGUAGCCGUUUCCGGAGGAGUUCAUGCAAUUGUUGGUUCUGCUGAUAGUGGCAAGAGCGUUUUGUUGGAGGUGAUUAGUCUUACUGCCAAUGGUGAUACUGCAGGAGUUGUAAAACUUGACAAGAACGCCCUCACCCGUAGGAAGUCGUUUCCAAAGGUGCUGCUCUUUUGUCUCUGGAAGGCAGCGAUAUCCGAGCUACACGUCUGUACGUUCGUUCCUCUUCUAUACAGCAGCAUUAAAGUUUGGAUGUUCUUCUUCAGUGGAAGAACUAGAGGAAAGGGUAGAAUUUUAAAUCCUACUCUAUCACUCAACUGCCAUGUGCGCUGGGAUUUUCAGCUUGACAAACUAAUGCGAGAAUUUGAUCUGCUUGAGUACUGUGAUAAGAAGCUGAAGGAUCUAUCUGCAGGUGCCCGAAGACGAGCGCUCAUUGCAGCAGCGCUCGUGAAGGACCCAGUAUUGCUAGUGGCUGAGGACCCAUGCCAUGGCUUGGAGCCAAUAGCGUGCUUUCAUCUAAUGCAAUGUCUCCAUAGUUAUGCUGUUGAGAACAACCGAAUAGUUCUGACAUCACUGAUGUCUCCACGUUCGGAUAUCUGUGAAAUGAUCUCGGGACUAACUAUACUCUUCCGUGGUCGUGUUUUCUAUUCAGGUCAUAUUAAAAACUUGCCAAAUUAUUUUCGUCGUGUUGGCCUAGUCUGUCCCGACAAUGAGAACCCCGCAAUGUAUUACUGUGAGUUUGAGCUCGUUAGAUGUUUCGAUUAA